AAAGUCGUUCUGCUUUCUGUUUGGGACGGAUUUAAUCUCUGAGCUCAUCUGUGGUUGAGUCUUCGCUGGAUUUCCUCCUCGUCACUCAGAGUCUGUCUGCAGUGGAAAUGUGAGGAGGUGGAGGGGAUUUCAUCGAGGUGUCGGCCUUACGAUGGACAGGAUAUAAAUGGACUCAGGGUUCAGUUAGCAUCACAGCUGACAAAGGGCAAGAAGAAGAAGAAGACCAUCAUCCUCCUCCUGACCUUCAGCAUCAUGAAGACUUUGUGUUUGACUCUGCUGCUGCUCUCAGUCUGGUGCUGCUGCAACGCCAUGCUUGAUGGGGCGAAGCUCAGUACAGCUCCUGGAAACUGCUGCUUCAACUUCUAUACUCGACCUUUACCUGCAAACCGAGUGUCCAACGUCAUCAAGACCCACAGCUCCUGUCUCAGACCGGCCUUCAUAGUCCAGACGGUGAGAGGACGACAGAUCUGCUACAGUCAGACGUUCCAGUGGGCUCUGGACCAGUACCAGAAGAUCAACACCCCUGAAGGCAGCGGCGGACACUGAACAUCUACUGUUUAAUCCUGUCAUACAUGAACGUCUGGUUUUACAGGCUGAACGACUUGUUUUAUGUAUUUAAUAAAAACAGAAUUGAUCUUAAUUUCUGAUUAUG